AUGUCAGAUUCCAACAAAACUGCCUUCACCAACCCCUCCACCUUCAUCCUGCAGGGGAUCCCUGGACUGGAGGCAGCUCAUGCCUGGAUCUCCAUCCCCUUCUGCACCAUGUACUCCAUAGUCAUCUUGGGAAACUUUGCCAUCCUAUUUAUUGUGAAGAGGGAGGCCAGUCUCCAUGAGCCCGUGUACUAUUUCCUCUGCAUGUUGGCCGUCACUGACCUGGUGCUGUCCACAACCACUCUGCCCAAAAUUCUAGCAAAUUUCUGGUUCAAUUCCAGAGAGAUCGAUUUCAGUGCCUGCCUCACCCAGAUGUUCUUCAUUCACUGCUUCACAGAGAUCGAGUCUGGGAUAUUGGCAGCCAUGGCUUUUGAUCGCUAUGUGGCCAUCUGCCAUCCCCUGAGACAUUCCACCAUCCUGACAAACUCCCUGGUGAUGAAGAUUGGCCUGGUCAUUGUGUUGCGUGGCAGCAUUCUCAUCCUGCCCUGUCCCAUCCUGGCGAGGCAGUGGCAAUAUUGCAGAACCAAUAUCAUCGCCCACACUCAAUGUGAAAACUUGGGUGUGGUGAAGCUGGCCUGCGGCGACACCCGCAUCAGUAGUUACUACGGCAUCUUCGUGCUAUCCUGUAGGAUCAGUCUGGAUGUGGUUUUCAUCAUUCUGUCCUAUAUCCAGAUACUUAGGGCCAUCUUCAGCCUCCCCACAAAGGAUGCCCGGCUCAAGACUUUUGGGACUUGCGGUUCACAUAUCUGUGUCAUAUUAGCCUUUUACAUUCCAACUCUGUUUGGCUCCCUGGUAUCCCGUUUAGGCAGCAAUAUGCCCCCUCACUUCCACAUUCUCCUUGCCAACAUCUACCUCCUGGUUCCCCCCAUGCUGAACCCCAUCAUCUACGGCGUGAGAACCAAACAGAUCCGGGACAGGCUACUCCAAUUCUUUACACCUAAAGGGACUGACAUUUUAUCCUAA